CGGACCUUCCUGUUUCCGGUUUCUUUGGUCUCUGCAAAGUAGUUGUGGCCUGCGGGUGUGAGGCUCUCCGAGUGCUUGCCCAGCUGUGUUACAGCCAGCGCUGCUGAGGGGGGCUGGCUCAGUCCACAGCGCGAGUGCCAUGCCCGUGACGCUGGGUUACUGGGACAUCCGCGGGCUAGCCCAUGCCAUCCGCCUGCUCCUGGAAUACACAGACACCAGCUAUGAGGAGAAGAGAUACACCAUGGGGGACGCUCCUGACUAUGACAGAAGCCAGUGGCUCAAUGAGAAGUUCAAGCUGGGCCUGGACUUUCCCAAUCUGCCUUACCUAAUUGAUGGGACUCACAAGCUCACCCAGAGCAAUGCCAUCCUGCGCUACAUUGCCCGCAAGCACAAUAUGUGUGGAGAGACAGAAGAGGAGAAGAUUCAUGUGGACAUUUUGGAGAAUCAGGUUAUGGACCUCUCCAAUCAACUGGCCACAGUCUGCUAUAGCCCAGACUUUGAGAAGCUGAGGCCCGAGUACUUGGAACAAAUCCCUGAAAAGAUGAAGCUCUUUUCUGAUUUCCUGGGGAAAAAGCAAUGGUUUGUUGGUGACAAGAUCACCUAUGUGGAUUUCCUCACUUAUGAUGUACUUUGCCUGCACCGUACAUUUGACCCCAGCUGUCUGGAGGCGUUUCCGAAUCUGAAGGAUUUUAUUUCUCGCUUUGAGGGCUUGAAGAAGAUCUCUGCCUACAUGAAGUCUAGCCGCUUCCUCGCAGCACCUUUAUAUACAAAGACGGCCACAUGGGGCAACAAGUAGAGGGUCGAAAGCACAGGAGAUUAGCGUGAGGAGCUCAUUCUCUUCUUGCUGCCCAGGGCCCAGCCUGACUCACCUGCCCCUUGGUGGCUGUGUCUGCUUUGAGGAGCCGGUCGGAACCCUCUCCCUGAAGCUCAGGCAUGCCCCAUUUCAAAUCGCAGGGCUGCCUGGAAGACCAAUUUUGCCUCGUGGGCAACUUGUGCCCCAUUGAGAUCCCUACCCUGGUCCUGUGUGAUCUGAAUAAAGUCUGAGCUGCACCUGC